GUGUUCGUAUCUUCGUAAACUAUUCUGUCAAAAUUCGAGUGUGUGUAGGGCGUUCCUGGGCUUUACUAUCACGGACUAAUCUGUGUAAUCUGUAUUACUAUUUUCAUUUAUUCAUUGUGAAAUAUUUUUUAUUGUCAAAAUGAGUCAAUUUGCAUCUCCCAUGCCUACUAGAGAUUUUUUGUGGAAUGUUUUUCAGAGGGUGGAUAGGGAUCGUAGUGGACAUAUUAAUGCAGAUGAACUGCAGAUGGCUUUAUCGAAUGGAACUUGGAGUCCAUUCAAUCCAGAAACAGUGAGACUGAUGAUUGGAAUGUUUGACAAAACAAAUAGAGGCCAAGUAAGCUUUGAAGACUUUGGAGCUUUAUGGAAAUAUGUGACUGACUGGCAAAAUUGCUUCAGAUCAUUCGAUAGAGAUAAUUCAGGAAAUAUCGAUAGGAGUGAAUUGAAAACGGCACUAACAUCUUUUGGUUAUCGCUUGUCAGAUCAACUUAUAAAUACUUUAGUCAGAAAAUUUGAUCGACAUGGACAUGGAACCAUUUUAUUUGAUGAUUUCAUUCAAUGUUGCAUAGUAUUAUAUACUCUAACUUCUGCCUUCCGUCAAUAUGAUACGGAUCAAGAUGGAGUAAUCACAAUUCAUUACGAGCAGUUUUUGAACAUGGUAUUUGGAUUGAAGAUUUGAAAUAUGUUUUUUUAAUAAAAGUGCCAACUUAUUAUGAAAUAUAAUAUCAAUUUUUGAAAUAUAAAUAAGAUGUGAAUUUAAGAUUUGCAAAUUUUCAAACGUUGAUGGUUAACUUCAAAUAACAAGGGUUUUUUUGACUCUAAAUCUUUUUGUAUUAUGCCUAGUAGAUCAUAUAUUUAUAAAUUAUUUUGAGGAUACAUAUUUUUUAUACAAGUUAAGUUACGAUUGUUAUCAUUAAGAUUGUUACAGAUGUGUUAAUGUUCUCAAUAAAUUGUUAUAAAAGUUUCCAAAUAA